AUGGAAUUAACUUUGGACGAACAUUUUGUUACCGAAUUUAGUGCUCUGCUUUAUACAUUUGGAUUUGAGUUUAUGACAAAUGUUAAGGAAAAUGACGAGAGGUUGUGCAAACUUUUGGUAGAGGUGGAGAAGCUGAAUAAUACUAUUGUUAAUGAUUUGUUGUUCCCUCAGAGGGAAAAGUUGUAUGAGAAGCAGUAUAGGAUUGAAAACAGAAAGGCACAGGUAAUUUUUGAUAAGAAAAACAAAAAAAUGUUGAGGGAUCAGCAACAGGAUAAAAAUAAAGCAUACAACUGGAAUAUAGGAGAUAAGAGAUCCAAAAAGGAUGCUAUCAGUGCUGUGUGUGAAGCUGUACCUGGUGCAAAAGGAGCUGUGAGACGAAGAAAGCCAUGUAGACGUCCCUUGACCUCCAUCUUGGGGAAAAGUAACUUGCAGUUUGCCAGAAUGGCCAUCAUUCUUACACUCUCCACCAGCAGCCUCAGCUUGUUAGCUACUGACUGUAACCAGCCCGUUUCAUACUCUAUUGUAAUGGUGGCCACCUCUUGUUUCAGAAUGGCUGGGUUUGAUGGCUCAGCUUGGGAUGAGGAAGAAGAGCAGCAACCUGACCAUCAGUAUUACAAUGACUUCCCUGGUAAGGAACCACCUCUUGGUGGACUAGUUGAUAUGCGGAUACGAGAAGGAGGCGGGGCUGCACAGACCAAGAUUUCACCAUCACAACUCCCAAACCAUCUUGGAGCAACACUGCCUAUUGGACAGAUGUCUAGCACCGACUAUGAUGUCAGUAAACAGUCACCUAGUGUGCAAGGGGGUGCUAGAGAAAAGUACUCUCAGCCUGGAUCAUCUGCAGCAAAGGUAACCAGUAGGUCCGACUUGUUUGAUGACCCUUCUUAUGUAAAUGUUCAGAAUGUGGACAAGUCACGUCAGGCCUUGGCAGGAGCUACAGCCAAUGGCAAUGCAUCAAGGGACAUCUUUGAUAUGAAACCUUUUGAGGAUGCAUUGAAAGUGCCUUCAACAACCCAGGGAGCAUCUGUUUCUCAUUCACCUGCUCAUGUGGUUGCUUCUAUGGAAGAACAAUUACGAAGGGAGAUCUGGUACCAUGGGAAGAUGAAAAGAAAGGAUGCUGAAAAACUCCUAAAAGCCAACGGGGAUUUCCUAGUCCGUGAGAGCACCACAACCCCUGGUCAGUAUGUGUUAACUGGUCUUCAGAAUGGACAACCCAAACAUUUGCUGCUUGUGGAUCCAGAAGGAGUGGUUCGAACCAAAGACCAUAAAUUUGAGAGCGUCAGUCAUUUAAUUAGCUACCAUAUGGACAAUCAGUUGCCGAUCAUGUCAGCUGGCAGUGAAGUAUGUCUGCAGCAACCUGUAGUAGAGGAGACUGUAGCACAGCUGAAUUUGCCCACUCCCUGAUGACUUUCUUAAGCUUUAUACUCCAGUAGUACAAGGAAGGGAAUGAGAAAACAGAACAGUAUUGAGCCAUGCUCUUUUCUUCAACUCCCAGUGGUACCCAGCUGGAAAUGUGAUUGGGAGGAGGAGUAGGGCUGCUUUCGGUGGCUGCGUAUCCAGUUUGGGAACUGAUCUUUACAAUGAAUUGCAUCAAUUUAAUCUUCAAGCCUUUUCUUACUGACUGGGAUGUAUUUUGCUCUGUACCGUGGUUAAUUCAGCACAUAUAAAAAUAAGACUUAAAAAAAAAAUUUGACCUCCUGACUGGAACAGUCUGACAAAUUGGCAAGGUGGUCUUGCUUUGUGGUCUUCAUACUUAUUCCACAGGACUUCAUUACAGUAGGAGGCUUAAGCUGGGGCCGAUUUUACAGAGCCCUGCAUUUAAAGUAAAUUUAAUUGUGAUUGUUGAAGGUCUUUGUUGACAGAUUGCAUUCGGCAAAGAAGAUCUGAAAACAUCCGCCUUGAACAUGUUUAAAACGAACUCAUACAGAUCUUCCUUAAUUAGCAUGAGCACACAGAACUUUGCAAGUGAUGGUGUUAAGCAAUGUUCACACUGUAUAGAAGCCUCUACUGCUUUGGGCAGGUGGUAACCUCAUUUUCUACAGUAGUUUGCCAGGUCUUGACUCUACAUACUUCAUUUGAGCAUUGUUGUUCAUUCUCAUUACAAGAGCAAAGCAGCAGUGAGGUCCCUGUUUCAAGUGUUGGUUUUAGGUAUGUACGCAUUCAUUGCAGAAGCCAUUCUGCUGUAGUUACAUGAGUAGAAUACUCCUGUCACACCAUCCAAAGAUGCUCACUUCCCUUCUAUGUGAAACAUUGAAAUGUUUCCUGGUACAAAUAAAUGCUUCUCUACACAGAGAAUUAAGUCAGGCUAAAUCCAUUUUUCGUACUGAAGUGUGAAUGUCCAAAAACGGCAAGGUCUGUGCUCACAGGAGGAAGGAGAAGACUGAGCGAGGACCACUGACAGGAUUGCUGCAGCUCUCGCAGUGCUCUUCAGACACUCCUUCAACAGAGUUUUUGUUCAGAAGUUGGAAAUGCAGUCCACACUUUAGACAUUGAUUGGAUCUCUUAAAUUUCACCUAUAUAAAACUGAAGCAUUUUCUUUCUUUCUUUUCUUUUUUUUUUUUUUUUUUUUUUUAAAUAGUAUAUGCAAGUUGAGAUUUAAAUCCACCAUGUUUAGAAAUAUAUUUCAGAGUUUUGUUGCAUUUGAAAUGACAUAUACAGCCUGGUAUAGGAAAGUGAGUUUGCAUCAAACACUAACAGGGCUUUUCUGUAGUCUGUUGUGUUUAUAUCAAGUUGGUCUACUGCAGAAUUCAGUAUCAUGUGGCAAAAAAAGUUAAUGGUGAGUGCUAACUGUUAUAGUUUAUGGAGUGGAGUGACCUAAAGCACAGUGACAGUGGCAAAACUCUUAAUACAGAUUUUUUCAUAACUACAGAGUUUUUGCAACAAAGCCCCUUCUGUUAACUAUAGUAUAUGUCAGUAUUUUCAUAAAGUUUGGUUCUUUCUUUUUAAGGCAUUGUCACUGGAUUUUAUAUCUGAGUAAAGAUGUAUACCAGUAUCAUGCUAAACUGGAUUGUAUUCCACUGAAUUUGCACAGUAGCUGGCUGCUAUUUGUAAUUUAGAUGGAAUUGUAUGAUGUAGGUUCCAUCAGCUCCCUAGUUUGUAAAAUUGCAAGUUUGGCAGUCUUUCUGUGAACAGUACAGUGUGAACAAGCCAUUAUCUAGAAAGCACAAGGCAUUUGUGUCUGCACACGGAAUGUAAAAUUUCACCUUUGUCAACAUGUAGAUGAUGAUGUAAAAAGAUUAUAACGUGCCUUUGACCUUCAGUAGGUCUGAUAAUAUUUAUGCAACUACUUUUAUGGACAAUAUAUAUAGAGUAAUGUAGAAAAAUUGUUCUAUAGUCAACAGAAGAGCAAGGAAGGUUCAAGAUGUCUUUUCUGAAAAAAAAAUGGAGCAGAUGUUCAUAUAUUCACUUCUUCCAAAGCCAUGACUCCCCCAAUGCCUGGGAAUGGUUGUUUAUUAAAGCACACCUUAAGUAGUAUAACUUGUGCUAACGUCUGUAUAGUCUGUACUUCAUAAGCAAGAAGAAUGUACAUCAUAUGAGUAAUUUUAAGUUGGGGGGCUUGACUGUCAUCUUUUUUGCAACAUCAGAUUUCUUUUGUAGUGUAAAAGAAAUGAGAUGUCUCGUGGGAAAUUGGCUCUUCAUCUGUGCUUGCAGUACUUCUUUAUUUUCUUUACAAAUCUUUUCCUUGGAUUAAGAAAUUCAGAAAUAACCUGUUGUUCUGCAGCUUAAUCCUUAGUGUAAAGCUUCAUAAGGUGAGUGAUGAAGCUUCUGCUCAGUGAUUAUUCGGAGGCCUUUCUGAAGCUAACAUUUACAUGUAACCCAGUAUGGGGAUGUUUUUCUUCUUUCCUUAUUGAAUCUGUAUUUUGUUCUCAGUUACUUGCAGCUACUACUGACUUUACUAGUUUCACCAUCCUAUUUCCCACAGCUUCUGAGCUGCUCCAGAGAACCAGCGGCAUAAGUUGAUUUAACCAUAUCUUCUUCACUGCAUCACUGUGUUAAUACAAGAAGGCACUUCAUUUGUAUGAGCCUAUUGGUAUAGUUAUAGACCAUGUCUCUGUAUAACCAUUGACCCAAGCUUAGGUUGCUAGAAGGGUUGAAUACAAGGGAGAAGAGUUGAGCAUUUAAUGGCCUUAUUGCCUCUUUCAUAAUUUGACUAUGAAGGAAGUAGUUUGGGGGGAAGCAUGUAAUGGCCUUAUUGCCUCUUUCUUUGUGUGGGAUGAAGGAAGUAGUUUGUGGGUUUUACCACUGUUUCAUCGCAUGCUACACCUGAUGAACAGUGAUGUUAACUAGCUGCUUCCAGGUGACCUGCUUUACACACACUGCCCCUUGGUCUCAGCCUUCUUCAACAAGGGUAGUGUAGCUAAGUAACCCAGUCUUGAGAGUCUGAAAACUUUCAUGAAGAGCUACCCUGGGUCCAGCUUGAAAACAACAGUUUAGGAAGCAGAAAUAGUCAUUGUACCUGAAGUGGUAAAUCUGCAUGGUCUGAGAGAGAGAGAGAAAGAGGUAGUGGAGAAGGGGGUUGCUAGAGUUAGGUAGCUGGCAGAUUUCUUGAUUUCCCAGCUUGCAGGAUGGUCUUUAAAUUUUGCAGCAUGUCACACUAAGCACCAUUUUUGUGGGUAUUUUUUUUUUAGUUUAUAGUUGGUAAAUGCCACUAGCAACAAGCCCAGGGACAUAAUUUAAUCCCUUACAUUGUAUAGAAAGGAGCAGUGCACAUCUUUAUGUAUUUGCUGAUAAAUUGCUGUCCUUUUCAUAACUACCCAAGUGUUUAUAUGUGGAAUGGUAAUGUAAACAGAAGUAAAGUGCUUCAAAAAUGAAUGCUUUCAUAGUUGAAAUGUAACGUUAGCUCUGCCUUCGUCAUGAAAUGUUUCCAGCAAAUUGCUUAAACCAUUUCAGGCGCACUGGGCAUUUGACUCGCAAGUAAUUCAUAAUAGCUGGAAAUAAACACUAGAAAACUGUUACAGGUGGUUGGGCUAAAAGCUUAUUUAUGUCCAUUUGGCAAGGGGCACUAUGAAUAACUUUAUGGGAUGGUGUGCUUUGUAUCCCUGUUUUGUGUAAUACAGUAAUUGUGCACACUCCUUGAUUUUAAAGCAGUUUGCACCACUGUAUUAAAUGAGUUGAUGCCAGUGUUUUCCAAAAAUAGAAGGUAUUAGGUACACUUUCAAAAUUAUGUAUUGUGACCUUGGAAAAUACUGCAUCUCUUUAGUGAAUAAAAAGCUGCAACUCCAAAGCAGAGAUGCUGUAGUAAGCUGCUUGAUACAGGUGUAACCAACAGCUACUAUCACAUCAAAUGCUUUAUCUGCAACACCAAAUGCAGUGGCUGCAUUCAUUUAUAAAGAAAGUCUAUCCUAGUGGCUUCAUCACACUCAGCACCUGCUGAUUGUGUCACCUAACAGCUUGCACCCUUUGCCCAGCCCUAAUUAUAGCCCUGCUGCAAAUGCUUUCUUUGAUGGGUAGCUUAGAGUUUCCUGUUAUACCCAAGUUGCACCGAAUACUGAAGCUGCUGUCUCGUGUUUGAGGAUACGUUUAACUUCUGCUAGCAUAUGUCAUGAUGAAA